AAACAAAUCACCUCAGAACUUACAACCAAUCUAGCAAUCUUCAACCUUCAAGCCACAAUAUUACCAUGCCUUCCAUGAAAGCGGCCCGAUUCCAUGUUGCCAGAGACAUUCGUAUAGAAGAUGAAGAAAUUCCCCUUCCCACGGCCGACCAAGCCCUAGUUGCGGUAGAAUGGUGUGGACUAUGUGCCAGCGAUCUGCACGAAUAUCUACACGGCCCUUUGGCGGUUCCCACACAACCACAUCCCCUCUCAGACGAGAAACUCCCCGUCAUCAUGGGCCACGAGUUGGCCAGACGCAUCCUUGAAGCCCCUCGCAAUUCGUCCCUGGCACCGGGUCAGCCCGUCAUGGUUGAUCCACAAUUGUACUGCUUGUCCUGCGCGACCUGCCAGAAGGGACUGACCCACGGGUGUGAGAAAUGGGGGUUUUUAGGUCUGUCUGGGCGGGGAGGAGAUCUGUCAGAGGCUGUGGCUGUCGACACGGCAAGGAUACACCCGCUGCCGGAUUCGGUGGACCUGAGUGUCGCGGCUCUGCUGGAGCCUCUGGCGGUCGCAUGA